CAACAGGAGGAACAGCUAAAGGCUCAAUUCUAUGAAAUACAAAAGCAACAACAGCAGCUAGAAAGACAACAGCUGAGUAUGAAAAAUAAUUUUAAUCCAACAUAUUUACCUCCUCCAUCUCCACCACCAUUAACUAACGGGUCUGCAGAGUGGCAAUCUUCGCCCGAACCAAUGUCUCCCUCCCCAUCAAGGUCAUUUCUUCGUCAACAAGCAACCGAAGUGUCACCGGUUCAUCUUAAUUUACAAAAGAAUAACGCCAAUUUCUAUACACCCCAAUAUUUCCCCGAACAAGGAAAUUACCAAAAUGUCCAACUUUCACAACGGUUUGUUAAUCAAAUGCCACCAUCUCAAUAUAACCUGUCCUUGAACGGCAGUCCACUCCAGAAACUGCCCCAACAUAUAUUCCAACAAGACAGCAACAACUUCCAACAACAAACACUUCAAUCUCCUCAACGGGUCCAUGCUAUUCCUAAUUCUUCUCCAUUCAAACAAAUGAUUCAUCAAAACUCGGUCCCUUCUCUUAAUUCAUCACCCGUGAAAUACUUCAGCAGUCCAAUCAAAAACUACGAUGACACUGAAGAUAUAAAUGCUACAAUCACCCAGUUCACGCCAUUGAAGAACCAAUCUCCAAAUACCCCAAUUAGGAACAAUCACGUCCAGAUUGAAUGGAGUCCAGUGAUAUCACCUGACUCGAAAACAACCGUACAAAAACAAAUCAAAGAUACGUCACCCAGACGAAGAAUCAAAAAGACUUCACUAUUGCCACCUGGGGAACUUGACAACUACUGGGAGGGCCCUGAUGAAAACAAGAUCUACACAUGUACUUAUAAGAAUUGUGGAAAGAAAUUCACUCGUCGCUACAAUGUCCGUUCCCAUAUUCAAACUCACUUGAGUGACCGACCUUUUGGUUGUUCUCAUUGUCCCAAGAGGUUUGUGCGUCAGCAUGAUUUGAACAGACACGUGAAAGGCCAUUUGGAGGCAAGGCACUGCAAGUGUUCUUGUGGCAAAGAGUUUGCAAGGUUGGAUGCAUUGAAGAAACAUCAGGAGAGAAAUAUAUGCGUGGGUGGGUUAACCAAAGCCAACACCAGCAGAGUCACAAAACCCCAGAAGAAGAAAGAUAUGGUCCUUGAUGUGCUAACUUCAGAUAAGUUGGAGGACCAGCUCAGUUCUGAAAUUGGUGAUGACUUGUUACUCGUCAAGCAAACAGCUUGAUAGGUUAUGGUUUACUUUUUAUAUUCGGCAUUUUUUUUUUUGGUUAUUUAUUGUUUCUUCUGUCUGGUUACCAUUUUAUUUUUCUUUUUUAUAUGUAAAUUUAUCUUUUUUUUUGUUUCAAUUCGAUCAUGUUAUCUACAUUUGUAUAGUAAAGAAUAAACACAACUAAUGUA